GAGUGCACAAGUACACUGAGUUAGAUUUUUCAUAGAGCUGCCAGGCUAAAUAUCUUGUAGUCAAAGCUAUAAAUGUUACAGAUUUUUCUGUUUAUCAUUUUAUGUAUUUGGGGGGGUUGUUUUGUUCUCUCUUUCCCUCUGGAUAUAUUGAAUUCAUGUGAAGCUAUGUUACCAAUACUGGAUUUUUGAUAUCCUUGUUCAGCAAGUGUUCAUGACGUGAUGUGGAUCAACCCAGACCUUACGAGACAAAAAAGAUGAGUCCAAACUGAAACAUCUUCCUCUCCUGGAUUCUGGAGAAGAUUGGAUCCAGAUCCAGUUUGGGACUGGAAUUUCACAAAUAAUGGAUUGAUCAGAUAUUCAUGAACACCAGUAUCAAGAAAUCUCAUUCGCAUAAAUGAAUUGGACAGGGAGCCUUUGAUCUGACAUCCCCUCCUGGAAGAGGAGUAGAUAAAGCAACAUGCAGCAAAAUUUGUUGUUACCGGUUCGGUUUACUUUGUUGCUUUUUCUGAACAUGGUGUAUUCGAAUGAACAGUCACCUCCUGGAAAGCCUGAGGUACUUAGAUGUCAUUCACCAGAAAAAGAAACCCUUGCUUGCUGGUGGAAGCCUGGUUCCGAUGGAGGACUCCCGACCAACUACACUCUGCUCUACAAGAAGGAAGGAGAAGAACAAAUCAAUGAAUGCCUGGACUACAGAACAGCAGGUCCUAAUUCCUGUUACUUUGAUAAAAAGCACACCAAUCUGUGGACCACUUAUAACAUCACUGUCAGGGCAACUAAUGAGCUGGGAACUAACAUCUCUGAUCCUCAUUAUGUGGAUGUGGCCUCCAUAGUUCAGCCAACUGCUCCUGUGGACCUCUCUCUAGAAGCAAAGCAAUCAGCCGGCACAUUGUACCUGUGGGCAAAAUGGUCUCCACCCCCAGUAGUCAAUGUCAGACCGAGGUGGCUAGUACUCUAUUAUGAGUUACGACUAAAACCGGAGGGAAAGGAAGAGUGGCAGACUAUUUUUGUUGGACAGCAAACCCAAUACAAGGUGCUCAAAUUGUAUCAUGGAUUGAAAUACGUUGUACAGGUCCGCUGCAUACCAGACCGUGGAGAAUGGAGUGAAUGGAGUUCAGAGAGUUACAUUCAGAUCCCCAGUGGACAAUCAGCUCCUGGAAAGCCGGAAAUAAUGAGGUGUCGCUCUCCAGAAAAGGAAACUUUUACUUGCUGGUGGAAGCCUGGCUCAGAUGGAGGACUUCCGACCAACUACACUCUGAGCUACUACAAGGAAGGAGAAGAACUCAUCAAUGAAUGUCCAGAUUACAGAACUGCUGGCCCCAAUUCCUGCUACUUUGAUAAAAAGCACACCUCACUCUGGACAAUAUAUAAUAUCACUGUAAAGGCAACCAACAGGAUGGGAAGUAGCAUUUCUGAUCCUCAUUAUGUGGAUGUGACUUAUAUAGUGCAACCAGACCCUCCUAUGAACGUGAUCCCAGCAGUAGGAAUACAAGAUGGAAAACCGUAUCUGCUUGUGAAAUGGUCUCCCCCUCCAUUGGCUGAUGUCAGAUCGGGUUGGCUUACUCUUAUAUAUGAGUUGCGACUAAAAACAGAAGGGGAAGAGUGGGAGACUUUUUUAGUUGGACAACAAACACAAUAUAAGAUAUUUAGUUUAAAUCCCGGAAAUAAGUACAUAGUACAGGUUCAUUGCAAACCAGACCAUCAUGGAGCCUGGAGUGAAUGGAGCCAAGAAAAGUAUAUUCAGCUUCCCAGUGACUUCAGAAUGAAGGAUCUAAUCAUAUGGAUCUUUGUGGGCCUAUUGUCAUCUGUCAUUUGUUUAAUCAUGAUCUGGAUGAUGGUUUUAAAAGGCUAUAGUAUGGUAUCCUGCAUCCUGCCACCGGUUCCAGGGCCAAAGAUAAAAGGCUUUGAUACGCAUCUGCUAGAGACAGGGAAAUCAGAGGAAUUACUGAGCGCUCUUGGUUGCCAGGGUUUCCCUCCAACAUCAAACUCUCAGGACCUGCUGAUAGAGUUCCUGGAGGUAGAUGACAGCGAGGAUCAGCAGCUCAUGCCAAGUCAUGACAAGGGUCAUUCCAGUAAAAAUAUGAAGUUGGUGCACAAGGAAAUGGACAGUGAUUCAGGACGAGGGAGCUGCGACAGCCCUUCCCUGCUGUCUGAGAGGUGCAGGGAAGCCAGAAUCCCUGCACCAGCAUUUCAGACACCAAAUAUUGGUGAAAUUCAAGAAAAUUUUGCAAAAAAUAACAGGUGGGAAAUAGAGAGCACAAAGGUAGAAGGGAACAUGCUCUGUUCUAACACUAGUAGUCCAAAAUCAUCGACGUGGCCUGGAGCUCAACUACUGAACAAUCAGGCUCUGAAAUUCUCCUGCCCCAACAGUGCAGAUGACAAUAAGAGGAACACUGGUUCUGUGAACAGGAAUGUUGUGUCACUGUUAAGGGGAAAUGAAGAAAAGCAUCAAUUGCAAUAUUCUAACACCAUUGAAACUAUCAGUUCGGAAAACAUGGAUAGACAGGAGGAAAUGCAGAAUUUGCAUUCCAGUGCUGGGCAAGAUGCUGUGCAGUUGCUGUCCAAUGAGAAGUCACCUUUUUUGCCUGGUAAACUACUGGAUUAUGUAGAGGUUCACAAAGUCAACCAUGAUGGGGCACUUUCAGUAUUACUGAAACACAAACAAAACAGUGACAAAACUGAAAAAUAUAAUAACCCUGGAAUAAGCAAAGAAUAUACAAAGGUCUCAAGAGUUGUGGACAGCAACCUUCUAGUACUGAUACCAGAUGCAAGAGUUCAGCCCACACCUGUGUUUCAAGAACCUCCCCAAGAACCUGCUCAGAGCCUUCAACAGGAUCAAGCAGAGAAAAAUAUGAGCUAUUGUCUUACAGCACCAAUAGAGUGCAAAAAUCAGACUGGUGGGCUAGACUACAUGGAUCCAUCUUCUUUUAUGUGUUCCUUUAACAAAUUGAAAGUUUGAUUCUUUUUCUUCAGGUAACACUACAGUGUAAAUUAAAUGCAAUCAACAUAAAAUGGUCAAGUAUGUGCUUUAGGAUUACCCUCCUAAAGCCCAGUUGUAGCUUACCCCUUUUUAUGCAUCCUGGUCAAUCAGUCAGGCUACUAGCUACUAACUGAUUGUAAAGUAAAUUUUAUUCCAUUUUCAGUUGUGAUUUUUACAUAGUUUUUUGUUAAUAGGUAAGUACAGCAGAGCAAAAGCACAUGACACAGCUUUGUACCAAAUCUGUUCUAACAAGUGUGCUACAAAGAAAAUGACAGGAUUUUUAGGUUGAGCAGAAUUCAACCUUAGAUCAAGAUUCCUGAAGUAGAAUGGAAAGAAGUGGAUGUAAUGUGCCAUGAAAAACUAUAUUGUUAACAAAUGAUUUGCACAUCUAUUGCUUGAUUUAAAGCCAGCUAAAUUUUGCAGUUCAACAAGAUACAAAAUGGUAGGAAUUGAUAUGCCAUAGUUGUCCUUGCAAUUCCUUCUUGCUAAUUAACUACUAUCAAGUAAUGUGAUGGUACAUACCACAUACUUCUGGUUUUUUUAAGCUUUAUGAAUACUAGUUUCAGUUUGUCUUUGUAUUUUUUUUAAAUUCUUAAAAUGAAAGCACUAGUUUUUCAAAUGUUGAAAUUUCAUGUGUAAAAAAUAAUAUAUUUGAGGAAUUUAUUGCAAAGUAGUGAAUCAUUCUAAAGCUAUUGUUCUGCUUCAUUUUUGUAUGUCAGAUAAUUGUGCACCACAUCCACCUGUUAGUCAGAUAAAGCCAAACAAAGUUUUGCAUAUAUUGAAAGACAAAGCCCAGCAGGAUGUGACCUGAUACACUGCCUUACUGUACAUAACAGAAAAGUCUACUUUAGUACAAGCCCAUUUGUUUAACAGUAUAUUUUUAAAGACUAUUUUUCUAUAACAAGGUUAAAGUAAAACAUUUUCUAACCUCCCAGUCCUAUUUAUCUACCUAAUUUCACUGUUUCCUUCCGCUGAGGCAGAAGGAAAAAUUCAGCGAAGCCACCAUUUCUGUAUGAAAUACAAUUUCUAUAUGAAAUAUGAAAUGAGACUAUAAAAUAUGAAGGAUGUGACAUAAGCCCUAUUUCUAAUAUUAGUUGUUGUUGUUAAACUAGGCUGAAUUGUAGGUUGUGUAGGCCAAACUGUCCUCUCCUCUGCUGGCCUGUUUGCUGCUCCAGUAGAAUUUGCUGCAUGAUGCUGAUCAGAGAUAAGAAUGAGGUCUCUUGCAGCCCUUGCACAAGGGCCAAAGCUGGACUUUUCCCAGAACCAGAGGGAAGUUUUAACGGUACAUUUUCCAACACUGAACUGUCACUUUCUGAAGUCAGAGACAUGACCUGAGGAGUCGGAGAGGGACUACCCAGUCAAAAUGGAGAUUAAGGCAAGGAUUGAGGAUUGGUCCAUAUACUUAGAGGCCAUAUCUACCCAAGAUGCUUGCUGACUACGCAGCAGCUCAUUACUACUGCACAGUAGACACAGCCAAUGUGUGGCAGCUUCCCCCAUUACAACCAGGGGCUCCUGAUUUCACUGGUAACUGCAAGAGGAAGUGCCUGUAAGUACACCAAAAUAGCUAGGCUUACUGGUGACCCUCCCUUCAUGGAAGAAGUGAUUUUAUUUGCUAAAGGAAAAUACAAUGAAACCAAGAUGUCACUUUUCCAAUUAGAUCACAUACAGGAGACACCUACCGAACAUUCACAGCCAUCUUGGCCUGGUGGAGAAGGGAAGAGGGACAAACUGAGCAUAGAGAACUGUGUUGUGCGAGUGGUAGGAAAUAUAUUUGGAGUACAUGAGCUCCCCUUCCUCUCAGACCGAUCCUGAAUGGCGUCAUAUUCUUCAGUGGGUAACCUCUGGUUUUGUUCACUGAGCCAGGCUUUUCCCAGUACAGUGUUGUAUGCAGCAUAGCCAACAGUCAUGGCUUUCCAGGCCUGGGGAGUUGUGGAAAGCCACAUAUAAUCUGGGCAGUAGAGUCCUUGCAUAAUAACUGUGGGCCAGGGAGAAGCCUGUUUAUUGAUCAGCCCUUCCAUCUGUGUGACUUUCACAGUGGCAGGACUUCGGAGUGUGGUUAGUUUUUUUUUUCUUUUUUUC